AUGACGGUGGUGGUGUGUGCAUUAGCUUUUUUCAUUCUAAAAGCAAUUCUAGUUCAAGGCUGGUCUGGAGGGCAUGCUACUUUUUAUGGGGGGAGUGAUGCCACUGGAACUAUGGGUGGUGCUUGUGGGUAUGGUAAUAUGUACAGUGCUGGAUAUGGUACAAAUACUGCAGCUUUAAGUAGUGCGCUGUUCAACAAUGGGGCUGUAUGUGGAGCUUGCUAUCAAAUUAAGUGUGAUGAUAAAAAGGUUCCUCAAUGGUGUCUACCUGGCAAAUCCAUUAUAAUCACUGCCACUAACUUCUGCCCACCUAAUAAUGCCCUACCAAAUGACAAUGGAGGAUGGUGCAAUUUGCCCCUCCAGCAUUUUGACAUGGCACAACCUGCCUUCCUACAGAUUGCCAACUACAAAGCUGGAAUUGUUCCAGUUGUUUAUAGAAGGGUUCCAUGCAAGAAGACCGGGGGUAUCCGUUUUACCAUAAAUGGAAGAGACUACUUUGAGUUGGUGUUGAUAACUCUAAGCAGUGCUUUGUUUAACAAUGGGGCUGUAUGUGGAGCUUGUUAUCAAAUUAGGUGUGAUGCUAAAAAUGUUCCUCAAUAG